GAACGGCGAAAGAGAAACAAACGCUUCGACCUGACGCGUUGCGCGGAACGAGGAUAGAGAUACGGACAAAGAGAGAGAAGUACGCGGAGGAACGAAGAGCGAGGUAGACGAUAAAAGUGCGCGUAGAAACGAGACAGAGGUGAGAAAGAUACGUGGGAGUGUAAGAGCGAGAGAGUGCGAGCGAGAACGAUAGAAGGAUCGCGAUAUGAGAGGAGAAAGAGAGAGAAUCUCUCUCCCCAUGAUGUACGUAUACAUCCUGGUCCCUUAUUCCCUGUACGUGCAAAGGGGGUUUCGAGAGGCUAGCAACGGUGGAGCCACGACAACGAGCUACAACCACGACGGCGAACACGACUACUACGACACCGCGUGGGGGUUGCACGAAGACCCCCUGGUGGGGUUCUGGCUGCCGACCCCACAGUCCCCCGCUGGAAAUGAUAUCAGUCGCGACUCGGUCGAGGGAGCCCCAGCACGUGCCGUGCCCCUCGCAGAGUGAGCCCAAUAGCUUGCUCAAUACCACACUUGGUGUACGUUCCUCGCGUAUGCUUUUUUUUGUUCGCGAUCCGGUGUUCUCGCUCGAAAUUUCUUAUUUCGGGGAACGAAUGAAAUAAGGGUGUAAGUAACAUACGUACGGUGGUUGUGAAAAAAAGGAACAAGUGAAAACUUGCGAAGGUGUAUUUUAACCUUACCUUCCUUCUUGGACCGUGGUCGCCUGAUUGAUCUCUUGCUGCUAUUUUUAAUCUCACGAGACUUUAAUCGUCUUUUAACUUUUUAUCGUCAAAGACAACACUGGACACGUCACAAUAAUGGGUGAAAAGACAUUUAACCUCACGUGGAACAAUCAUCUAGCCAACUUGUCUGGAUUAUUCGAAGGAUUGUACAAAAGUGGUUCCUUGACAGACACAACGUUAGCUUGUCAAGAUGGAAUGUUGAGGGCGCAUAGAUUGGUCUUGGCUGCGUGUAGUCCUUAUUUCGAAAGAGUCUUCAAAGAACAUUACGGUGAACAGCCAAUUCUUAUUUUAAAAGGUGUGGCAGUUGAAGAGAUGGAAUGUCUUCUGGACUUCAUGUAUCGCGGUUCGAUCGACGUCGCCGAGGAGCAUUUGCCCUCUUUGAUCAAGACUGCGACGGAUCUAGAGAUCCGUGGCCUUUCUGGUGACCAGAGAAACCAAGAAAACAAUCGCAGCCCUUACACAAGGGUCGAGACGCGAAUGCAACGGUGUCACAUAGAAGCGAGAGUUCACACGACAGAGUACAUGAAGGAGCCGUCCGUGAUUCCAUUCUUGCCGAAACAGUCUUCCAUAGAAUCGUUAGAGGAUCACAUCAAGGUGGAGGAGAUCGAGGUGGAAGACGAUCCAAUGGUGAUUGACGGUCACGAGGAUGCGUUCGACGAACCGUUGCAUACCUCUGACACGCAAAUCAGACGUAUGCCGCCUCCUAUGUAUAAACGAGAGACGAGGUUCAAAGGUCAAAAAAGAGUUUCCGUGGGACGUUCGACGAGGAAUAAUGAUAUAUUGGAAUAUAGAUCGAAGGAUCGCGUUAUUUCGAAGGAAGAUUCAACGAGGGAGAGUUACGAAGAUUCGAGUGCGGUUAAAUGCGAGUCGAAUUUUAAUAACGCUUCCUCAGAUCCUACGGUACCGGAUAUACAGAUGAACGACGACUUACAAGAACGAGAUGAGAGUCUGGAUUCUUCGAAGAGUAUGGACGAUAAUUCAAGAUUAAGUAUGAAGAAAAAGGGCGAUAUAUCUACGAAGAGAUCAGGAUUGAACGAAGGAAAAGAGACCAGGCCGAUACAAACCAAGUCUGAAAAAGCUCAGUAUAAACCUUUUUCCUGCGAUCUUUGCACUUUGGCCUUCACGAGAGCUUCUCAUCUGGCUAGACACAGAAGGGUUCACACAGGUGAACGACCUUUUGCCUGUAGUAUUUGUCCACGAAUGUUUGCUAGACAGGACAAGUUGAAGCAGCAUUUGGACUCGCAUUUACAAUGGCCGAAGAGAAAGAAUAACUUGUCGAGUUCCAGUUGUCAGUCGGUUUCCUCUGUACCUGGUAAAGCAAAAAGAGGUAGACCGAGAAAGGUGAAUUUAGAACAGUCAGCCAUGGAAGAAAUUUUAAAAUUUGGAGAAUUCAGUUCUUUGUUAAACAAAUCACACUCUGCGAAUUCGGCAGAGAAGAAUGAAGAUUUAGCAUCCAUUGAAAAUGAAGGGAAACUCAAGGAACAAGAAGAAGACAUAGUGGAAGAAGGAAAUGAGAAUAAAGAUAAAGAUGCGAAUAAAGACAAAGACAAUUAUGGGUGUCAGGUAGAAAACGGUCAAGAUAUUGUUUAAAUAAUUUCUCAUUUCUUUUCGUACUUCUAUAAAAAAUAUUUUUC